AAGGUGUGACCAGUCACGUGAAGCUUUACUGUUAGUCAGAACCACAAGAUCACAAGUUUUUCAAGGCAUUUCUGGAGCAUUAGGUCGCUUCUUCUCGUUGUGUUUUCUGAGGGAAGUCACCAGUUGUAUUCUGUAUGUUGUUCAGCGGUUCUGUCGUUACGAGUAAUACGGGGACUCUCCACAAAGCGUGCCAAUUAAAUAUGUCUGUUUGUUUACUGAAGCGGACCAGCUAAGAAAUAAUUUUUGGGUCAAGAAGUUUCGUUGGUGACGUUAGUUGGCCUGUGUUACUUUUGAUGGAAGAUGAACGCGAUCAUCGCCUUGUGCCACUUCUGCGAGCUGCACGGCCCGAGCGUGUUGUUCCACACACAAGCCUUUCACUCCAGGGAGCCUCAGGGACUGGAUGCAGAGUCAGGUGAAGAGUCAGGCUCUCUUGCCUCCUUCCUGUCGUCAGGCCGGCGUUCCCGGUCUCAGUCAGCAGCAUCCAGCACCAGCAGUGUGUCCAACACUCCCAAGAAAUCAGAAACUUGUCAGGCCUGCAGAUCUGUGCCCUCAGGCCAUCCAGGCUUCGUCAGCAAAGACCCAGAUACCAAGAUAAGCUAUGUGAGCAGUCAGUACCCAGAGCAUCCCCAGCUCUUCAGUAUCGUCAGACAGGCCUGUGUCCGAAGUCUCAGCUGUGAGAUUGUCAGAAGAAGAACAGACCCUGCUGUGUUAUCUGAUGAUGUUGCAGAAAAGAGAUUAAGACACUUACUGCUUGAGAAGUGUGGGACGCAGGGCGUGCCUUUUCACAAUAGGGUGUGCCCUGGACGAGAGGGUCCCAUAUUUUUUGGAGAUGAUCACUGGGGUCAUGUGUUCAGCCAUACAUUCUUCAUUAAGGACAGCCAGGCCCGAGGUUUCCAGCGCUGGUACUCCAUCAUUGUUGUCAUGAUGGACAAAAUCUACCUCAUCAACUCAUGGCCCUUCCUGGUCAAGCACAUUGGAGAGAUCAUCAGCAAACUACAGGACAAGGCAAUUAAGGUAUAUGACCAGGAGCAGAACCAGUGUCCAGAGAGAGCCAGGAGAAUGAACGAGUCGUUCAUGGCGCCGGGGGAUUUCUUCCGGAGGCAGCGUGGUGGGGAUCACUUCAGGCCACUUGUCACCCUCACAAAAGAUGAUGGUUUAUUCAAGUGGCUGCACCAGUGGUUUGUAUGGGUGCUAAAGGCUGGGGGAAACAGGAUGACAGAGAAACUACUGGAAGGGCCUCCGACAGAGGACGUCCUUAUAGACAUGGAGAAACAGGAAGAAACGGAAGAAGGUUUCAUUAAGAUCAACACCAAGCCUAUGCCAAGCCCAGACCAACCCACAGCUACUGAAGAGCUCCAGCAGACGUCCCCACCAGAGGCAGAAGAGGCUGGUGCAGAGGGUGAUGCAGACAGCACAGCACCAGUCUUCACAUCCCUCAGACACUUCAGACAAAUAAUUGGCAGUCAAGGGUUCCAUUCUAUUGCACACCAUAUCCUGAUCGGUAAUCAAAUCAUCAUCAGAGGAGAGAAAAGGCCCACAAUGGAGUCAAUCAUCAAUGUUUUAAAGUCUUUACUGCCAAUGGGCUGCUGUCGAAUAGUUCCAUACAGCGCCACCUAUGAAGACUCCUGGAAGUGCAAUUUCCUGGGUCUCCCACUUGUAGCACAAAUACCUGCACACGUCAUGUCUUCAGAGUACUACGUCAUCAUCGAUGUGCUAUCACCAGCAAAAGUACAACAAACUUUGGAGCCAGAUGUGUUCUUUCAAUACUCCUUCCUCAUGACCACAAAGGCUCAGUUACCUGAGAAAGGCCCUGCCAUCCUACAGAAGAUAGAACUUGCCCUAGAGAAUGAGAACCUGUCCAGUGCAGUAGUAGAUGCCUGUUUGGUGUCCCUCAAGGAGGAAUGGAUGAACAAAGUGAAGGUGCUGUUCAAGUUCUCCCGAGCUGGCAGCCGGUCCAGAGAGGACACCCUGAAGCUGCUGCAGGUGCUGGAGGCUACAGAGGAGGACACGCAGAUGCUGAAGUUCUGGAUGACAGGACUGAGUAAUCAACACAGGACACACAUGCUGUCAUCAGCAAUCAGUACUUCACCUCCUAUGUAACUUAAUGAAGGGGAUCACUGGUUGAUUCUCUCAUUAGCUCAGAAAUAAUUAAUGAUACAAUGUAAAAUGUAAAGUAACUGGAACGUAGGAGGAUAUUGAAUUCAGAUGCUGAUUUGAAAUUCAGAAUAAAAGUCUCAAUUUUUUUUAAUACAAUGAUGAAUUAAAUGCUCAAUAAGGUGGUGUUGCAAGGCCAUACCUUGGAAUGUCUCUAUAUUGCAGAGACUUGGAAACAUACAAUAGAGUUGAUGGUCAGACAUCCAGAUAAUAAGAUAUGCCAAAUAGCAAUUACUCAAGCAAAUGUGUACAUUAAUGGUGCUGCAUAUUUCUAUCUUAUGCUAUUCAGUGCAAUGAACUGUAAGUCUAUUGUAAGUAUAUUAUGCAACAUGAACAAUAUGUCCUCAAAAUUACAACAUGUACAUGGUUGGUUGAAUCAUUCAACCAACAUACAUAUACUUGAAUGUGUAGGUAAUGAAAUACAGGUAUCAAUGCAUAUUGUUGUUAGAUGAAUAACAGCAUAAAACUACCAGAUUGGGACUUGACAAUUGAAUUGAAUAUAAUAUAUCUAUGAAAGCAGAAAGUAUCAAUUCUCAAUGGCAUUGGAAGGUAGUUUUGUCUUUCACUAUUGAAACACAGUAUACUUUUAAUCUAUAUUUUGUACAGAUGUACAAAGAAUAUUAAAUACAACACAGAAUACAAGAAAAUAAAUCAUUUCUUGUCUCCUAAA